AUGGACCUUCAUCGCUACGGCCCUGGUCUUGUAGCAGUCUUCGUUGGAGGAACCAGCGGCAUUGGUGAAUCAACAGCCCGAGCCUUUGCCCGAUACGCACUCUCUCCUUGCAUUUACCUAAUCGGACGGAGCAAAGAACAAGCAUCUAAAAUCACUCAAAAGAUACGUGAGGAUAAUCAGCUGGCGGACGUGAGAUUCCUGAAUAAAGACGUGUCUUGCCUGCGGGCCGUAGAUGAAGUGUGUCGGGAGAUCCAGGCGAGCGAGAAGGAGGUGAAUCUGCUAUUCCUCAGCACUGGGAUCUCCAAAGGAGGUGAAGAAACGCAGGAAGGGCUGGACAAAAAGCUCAGUCUUCAUUAUUAUUCUCGCAUGCGUUUCAUCGCCAACCUCAUCCCCCAGUUGGCAGCGGGCUCCGAACGCUUAUCUAGAGUCGUCUCCGUCCUGGGAGCCGGAGGUGAAAGCCCCCUGAUCCUGGAGGACCUUCCCUUGGAGAGGAACUACUCCAUGCGCAACUGUGCCAACCAUGCUAUCACCAUGACAUCCCUAGCAAUGGAGGUGCUAGCUCGCGCUCACCCCUCCACCUCCUUUAUUCACACGUACCCUGGGGUCGUCAACACCAAUUUGACGCGGGACAUGGGGACCGUGACGCACAUGGGCGCAAAAGCGUUACUCUCCCUUGCAUGCCGCUGGAUAGUUCCUUUUCAAGAAAGCGGACAGCGACACUUGUAUAUUUCCACAAGCAAGGAAUAUCUACCUCUAUCUGCGCUUCCUAUACCAUCUCCCAAGCAUGAUGGAGUUGAUCUGGGUACGGCGGCAGCGUACCUUUUGGAUCACCGUGGGUUUCCACGCCAGAAUUUGAAGCUUCUGCAGGAGUACCACGCAACUGGCACAUCGAAAAAGGUGUGGAAACAUACUGUUGACAUGUUUGCAAAAGUCGGCGGUGAUAAGCCUGAGCCCAAAUGA